CCUUGGGAGGAGGCGGAGCCGCCCCGUCGCGGGCAGGUAAAACUGGCCGAGGUCCUGGAAGCCGGGUGGCUGUCGUGUGCCCGCAGCGGAGAAUGAGGCUCGCCAUCUGUGUCCUGCUGUGCGCGGGGUCGCUGGGGCUGUGUUUGGCUGUUUUUGAGAAAACUGUGAGAUGGUGCGUUGUCUCAAGUUCUGAGUCCGAGAAGUGCUCCCAUUUCCGUGGUGUUACGAGCAAACUCAUUCCAUUGGAAGGUGCUCAUAUCACCUGUAUAAAGAGAGACUCUUACCUUGCCUGCCUCAGGGCCAUUGAGGCAAAACAGGCAGAUGCUGUGACCGUCGAAGGCAGUUUGCUGAUUCAGGAAGGCCUGGCCACCUAUAACCUGAAGCCCAUUGUGGCAGAAUUCUAUGGGUCAAAAGAUGAUCCACAGACCCACCAUUAUGUCGUAGCUGUGGUGAAGAAGGGCAGCAACCUCCAGCUGGGCCAGCUGCAAGGCAGGAAGACCUGCCACACGGGCCUGGGAUGGUCUGCUGGGUGGAACACCCUCAUUAGGGGAUCUCCCUCUGACUCCCUGGAAGCAGCAAUGUCCAAUUUCUUCGAGGCCAGCUGCAUGCCCUGUAUGAAUCAGACAGCUUUCCCCAAGCUGUGUCAACUUUGUGCGGGGAAAGGGACGGACAAGUGCGCCUGCAACUCCGACGAACCGUACUUUGGCUACUCAGGUGCCUUCAGGUGUCUGCAGGACGGUGCGGGGGACGUGAGCUUCGUGAGGCACAUGACUGUGUUCGAGAACCUGGCUAACAAGGCUGACAGGGACCAGUAUGAGCUGCUCUGCAGGGACAACACCCGGAAGCCUGUGGACGAAUACAAGGAGUGCCACCUGGUGCGGGUCCCUUCCCACGCCGUCGUGGCCCGCAGUGUGGGUGGCAAGGAGGACUUGAUCUGGGAGCUUCUCAACCAGGCCCAGGAACAUUUUGGAAAAGACAAGACAACAGGAUUCCAGCUCUUCCACUCUCCUCAUGGAAAGGACCUGCUGUUCACAGACGCCACCCAGGGGUUGUUAAGAGUCCCACCUAAGAUGGACACCAAGCUGUACCUGGGAUAUGAGUAUGUUGCUGCCAUUGAGCGUCUAAGGAGAGGUGCAGAAGACCCCCAGAGGGUGAUGUGGUGCGCAGUGAGCCAGCACGAGAAGGCCAAGUGUGACGAGUGGAGCGCCCUGAGCGGUGGCAUCUUGAGGUGCACAGUGGAGGAGACCACUGAGGACUGCAUUGCCGCCAUCGUGAAAGGAGAAGCUGAUGCCAUGACCUUGGAUGGAGGCUUUGUCUACAUCGCGGGCAAGUGUGGUCUGGUGCCUGUCCUGGCAGAGAACUACUUGUCUCAUGAUGGCAAAGAGCAGUUUGGAUCUAAGUGUGUAAACACACCCACGGAAGGUUACUACGUUGUGGCCGUGGUCAAGAAGUCAGAUGCCGACCUCACCUGGAACUCUCUGCAAGGGAAGAAGUCCUGCCAUGGCGCAGUUGGCACUUCUGCAGGCUGGCACGUCCCCAUGGGUUUCAUACACAACCAGACUGGGUCCUGUAAACUCGAUAAAUUCUUCAGUCAAAGCUGUGCCCCUGGGUCUGAUCCAGAGUCCAGCCUCUGUGCUCUUUGCAGCGGUCACAGUAAGUCAGCCCACAGGUGUGCUCCCAACAGCCAGGAGGGGUACUACGGCUCCAGUGGGGCACUCAGGUGUUUGGUGGAGAAGGGAGACGUGGCCUUUGUGAAGCACUCCACGGUCCUGCAGAACACUGACGGAAAGAACCCCGAGGCCUGGGCAAAGGGUCUGAAGAAGGAGGACUUUCAACUGCUGUGUCUUGAUGGCACCAGAAAGCCUGUGACUGAGGCCCAGAACUGCCACCUGGCCAUAGUCCCAAGUCAUGCUGUGGUCUCAAGGAAAGAUAAGGCAGAUUUUGUCCGCAGAAUGCUAUUCAACCAACAGGAGCUCUUUGGAAGAAAUGGGUUUGAAUACAGGAUGUUCCAGCUGUUCAAGUCCCCAAACAAGGACCUGCUCUUCAGUGAUGACACGGAAUGUUUGGCUAAACUUCAGGACAAAACAACUUAUCAAAAAUACUUAGGGCCAGAGUAUCUUCAGGUUAUUGCUAACAUGAGACAGUGCUUACCCUCCGAACUUCUGGAUGCCUGCACAUUCCAUGGAAAUUAAAAACUGCUCAAAGUGGCAACCACUGAGAUGCUCAGAACCCGUGGAUGUGGUGGGACCACAUUCUCACUCAUCUGUGUGGCGGGCCUGUGUUAAUGUCAGUUAUCUUUAUAAUUAUGUACUGUAACUGAUGCAAAAAUUAAAAUGAACGAAAAUUA